AUGCAGCCCGCGGCCGGCCCGGGGGAGCCCGAGGCGGCGCGCCGGCGCUUCCGCGGCUUCCGCUACGGCGACGCGGCCGGGCCCCGCCAGGCCCUGGGCCGGCUGCGGGCGCUGUGCCGCGAGUGGCUGCGGCCCGACGCGCGCUCCAAGGAGCAGAUGCUGGAGCUGCUGGUGCUCGAGCAGUUCGUGGCCGCGCUGCCCGCCGAGCUCCAGGCCUGGGUGCGAGCGCAGCGGCCCGGCGGCCCCGAGGCGGCCGCCGCCCUGGUGGAGGGCCUGCAGCGGGACCCCGCGCCGCUGCUCGGCUGGAUCACAGCCCAGGUGCUGAAGCGAGACGCGGUCCCCGCGGCCCAGAAGACCCGGGAGCCCUCGGGCGGCCCGCACCCCGCUCCACUCGAGCACUGCGUGAAGGAGGAGCCUGCGCCCGAAGGGCCAGACAGGGCACCCAGCAGCCCUCCAGCUCCAGCCCUGUCCCCAGAGGAACCGACCCUGUCGACGCUCCCUGGGCCCAGGAUUGCGGUGAGCCGCCCCAGGGAGGAGGCACACAGGGGAAGAGCCUGUCCUGCAGCUGGCAGCACUCGGCUUCCUCCGCAGCCCCCGCUGGCAUCCCCACAGGAGUGGGGGCCGCUGAAGCCUUCAGAGAAGGAGCUGUCCUGGGAUGUGAUGCUGGAGAAGUACGGCACGGUGGUCUCCCUCGGGUUAACAACUGGGGAGGCCCAGCCAGGGUCACUGCACGCGGGCUCUGAAGGCCGAGGGAGCCUCUGCUCAGGUGAGGAGAGCCAUGGCCACCAGAAGGGGCAGCCACAGGGCUUGGGACCUGUGGCCUGGGAAGGCCUGCCUGGGCCCCAGAACCUGCCUCGAUCUGUGAGCACAGAUCCUGGGGGCAGUGGCACCCCGAGAAAGCCAUACACGUGUAAGCAGUGCGGACGGAGCUUUGACUGGAAGUCGGUGUUCGUCAUCCAUCACCGUACCCAUGUGGCUGGGCAGAAUGCUCGAAAUCCAGCACAGGCCCUCGGGGCCACCGAGAAGCUACCACAGGGUCUCCAGGAGCCAGCUGGACCUCACCACCCCCGGCGCACACUCACAGGCUCCCGGAAUUAUGCGUGUGACCAGUGUGGGCACAGCUUCAGCUGGAAGUCCCAGCUGGUCAUCCACCGGAAGAGCCACGCUGGCCAGCGGCAUCACUCGUGCAGUGACUGUGGCCGUAGUUUUGACUGGAAGUCCCAGCUAGUCAUUCACAGGAAGAGUCACCGGCCUGAGACCUCAUAGUAGACAACUGGAGAAACACCAUUGGGACAAGGUGUUGGGCUCUUGGUUCUAGGCAGCUGAGGGGUUCUGAGUAAAUCAGUUCCAGGAGGAACUGCACCGACCCAGGAUCCCCCGAGAAAAACCUGAGGUACAAAGAAAAACUAUUCACUCUCCCCCUGCUCUCCCUAGAGUAAGAGCUGAGUGCAAAUCCCCCCUUCCACAAGUGGCCUUCAGGGCCUUUCUCGCUGUGACUGCUGAUCCUGAGCAGAGGCUCCAAACUUUCCUCUUCACCCCUUAGUUAAAUGGUUGGUCAAGGCCUCCCUGUGGCAGGCAGGAAAGUCCAGGAGAGCACGGCAUUGCUGUGGCCAAGUAUGUGGGUAACUACCCUCCAUGUGCUUUUUAUGUUUUAAGCAAGUCCUUUUUUUUUUUUUUUUUUUGGUUUUGGGGUCACACCCAGUAGCGCUCAAGGGUUACUCCUGACUCUAAGCUCAGAAAUCGCUCCUGAGAGGCUCGGGCGACCAUACGGGAUGCUGGGAUUCGAACCAUUGUCCUGCAUGCAAGGCAAAAGCCCUACCUCCAUGCUAAAU